AUGACCACCGUCGUCGAGACGCAGGAUCCCCGCGUGGACCGACGGACCAAACACCACGAGGCUGAUGUCGUGGUCGUCGGCGCCGGCGUGUUCGGCUGCGCCAUUGCAUACGCACUAGCAAACCAGGGGCGCAGCGUGCUGCUACUCGAGCGAUGGAUGCACCAGCCGGACCGCAUCGUCGGUGAGCUACUGCAGCCCGGCGGGGUCGAGUCGCUGAAGAAGCUCGGCCUCGGCCACUGCCUCGACGGCAUCGACUCAGUCCCCUGCUAUGGCUACCACGUCAUGCACCAGGACGACGAGGUCGCAAUCCCUUACCCCCACAUCGACGACGCGGGCCGCGUCCUGGUCGGCGCCGCCGCCGCCAAGACCAAGGCCAACGGAGACUACAAGAAGAUGGAGCCGCGGUCUAGGCAGCCCGAGGGCCGCUGCUUCCACCACGGCCGCUUCAUCAUGAACCUACGCAAGGCCUGCCUCGGCCACGAGAACAUCACCGUCGUCGAGACCGAGGUCACCGCCACCGUCCAGGGCCAGCGGUCGUCCCAGGUCCUCGGCGUCGAGGCCCGCACCACCGACAAGGCCACGGGCAAGAAGCAGGCCGACUGCUUCUUUGGCCAGCUGACCAUCAUCGCCGACGGCUAUGCCUCCAAGUUCCGCAAGCAGUACAUCGGCCGCACCCCCAUCGUGCGCUCAAAGUUCUACGCCCUCGAGCUGAUCGACUGCCCCCUGCCCCCCCAGGGCUUCGGCCACGUUGUCAUUGGCGAGCACUUCCUGGCCCUGCUGUACCAGAUCGGCACCCACGAGACCCGCGCCCUGAUCGACGUGCCCGAGAACCUGCCCGCCGCCUCUCCCGCCAACGGCGGCGUCCGCGGCUACAUUUCCAACGUUGUCAUCCCCACCCUGCCCGAGUCGGUGCGCCCGGCCGCCAUGGCCGCCCUCGCCGACGGCAAGAUCCCCAAGAGCAUGCCAAACAGCUGGCUGCCGCCCACCCCACAGACGGUCCACGACGGCGUCCUGGUUCUGGGCGACGCCAUGAACAUGCGCCACCCGCUCACGGGCGGCGGCAUGACGGUCGCCUUCAACGACGUCCUGAUCGUCUCGGAACUGCUGGCCCCCACCAACGUGCCCAAUCUGGCCGACGGAGCCGCCAUCCGCGCCGCAAUGCAGACCUUCCACUGGCGCCGCAAACGCCUGACCUCCAUCGUCAACGUGCUGGCCCAGGCCCUCUACAGCCUCUUCUCGGGCAACGACUGGUGCCUGCGCGCCCUGCGCAAGGGCUGCUUCGCCUACUUCCAGAAGGGCAUCGUCGACGAGCCAUGCGCCAUGCUUGGCGGCCUGCUCCAGAGCCCGUCCACUCUGGCCUACCACUUCUUCAGCGUCGCCUUCUUGGCCCUCUGGCUACACGCCUGCGAGACCAUUGGCUCCCCGCUUGGAUUUUGGAAGCUGCCCUUGGUCCUGAUCGAGUGUGUGCUCAUCCUGUGGAAGGCAUGCGUUGUCUUUGUCCCAGUCAUGUGGACCGAGAUGGCCUAG